AUGCCGCCGAAGCCCGCCCGCGCGCCGGUGCUCAUCGCCGGCGGCGGUCCGGUCGGCCUCUACACGUCGGUGCUCCUCUCGCGCUUUGGCGUGCCCUCCAUCCUGCUGGAGCGCCAGCGCGCAGGCAUCCCGCACCCGCGAGCGCACCUCAUCAACACGCGCUCGAUGGAGCUGUUCCGCGAGGUGGGGCUCGACCAGCGGGUGGAGUCGCUCGCUCCGCCGAUGCGCGAGUGGCGCGAGUUUCGGUACUGCCGGAGCCUCCUUGGCCGACAGAUUGCGUGCGACGACCACAUGGCGACACCGGCGUGGGACGUGCUGCAAGAGGCGUCGCCCGCACGGCUGACGCACGUGUCGCAGCCGGGGCUCGAGGAGGUGCUGCGCGAGGAGGCGGCGCGCCUCGCCCCCGAGGCCGGCUCGCAGCUCCUCUUUGGCUACGAGUGCGCCCACUUCGACGUGCUGCCCGGAGGAGGAGUUCGCGUCGAGGCGCGGCAAGCCACACGCGGCGGCGGCGGGGAGGGAGGCGGCGAGGGCGAGGUGAUCGAGAUGGAGGGGAGUGCUCUGCUCGCGUGCGACGGACCGCCUCCGCUGCAGCACUUCAAGAGCGUGCACUUCCGCGCGCCAUCGCUCGCUGAGCGCCUCGCUGAGCGGCCGGCGAUGCUCUACUUCGUCUUCCACCCGGAGGCGGUGGCGGUUCACUUGCUGGGCGACGCGGCGCACCAGUUCCCUCCUGCGGGCGCCUUCGGCAUGAACACCGGCCUGCAGGACGCGCACAACAUCGCGUGGAAGCUCGCCGCGGUCCACCACGGGUCCGCGUCGGAGCGAGCUUCCCGUAGGCGGAGGGUCGAGGCGGAGCGGCUCCUCUCGAGCUACGACGCCGAGCGCCGCCCUGUCGCCCACGCCAACGCGCGCCUCGCCGUCCACAACUACGAGCGAGGCCUGAGGGUGGCUGAGGCGCUCGGCCUGCCCGCUGCAGCGCCCGACCUCGCGGCGGGGGCUCUGGGCGCCGCGUCGCGCGCCGCGCCCGCGCCGGUCGCGAGGGCGUUCGGCUCGCGCCGCGUGGCGCAGACCGCCAGCGCCGCCCUCGACCUCGCCCGGUCGGGUCUCCUCUCCUCCUUCGGAGACCGCGAGAGCGGAGCUGCGCGCGCGACGCCGCUCGCGGACCGACUCAACGCCGCCGGCGCAGCGGCCGGCGUCGGCGACGCGCGGGUGGCGGCGGCGGCCGCCGUCGUCUCGGAGCGACGCGCGUUGCCGCUCCUGUUUCCUCGGCACGAGCUCGGCUUUGCGUACCCCGCUCGCGACGCGCCGCGCCGCCAGGCCCUCGGCCUGGACGAGACUGAGGCGGAGGUGGAGGACGAGACCCUCCGGCUGUGCGGAGCGCCAGGCACGCGGCUGCCGCACCACUGGCUGCACGCCGUGCCGCGCGGGAAGGAGGGCGGGCCCGAGGAGCGACCAAAGGCGGACCCUGCGGAGCCGGUCUCCUCACUGGACCUCCUCCAUGCCGCGUCCGGCGGCGGCGAGAUCCUGCCGCCGGAGAGCGUUUCGCCCGCCGCCUUCACUCUCUUCGUCGACGCGGAGGACGCAGGCUACUGGGGCGGCGGGGCGGCGAUGCUUCUGCGCUCCAGCGGCGGUUCGGAGCGCGACGCCCCGCCGCCGAUGCUGCGCGUAGUCGCCGUCGCCACUUCGGCCGUGGAGGAGCUCAGCGCAGCGGCCGCACCUGGCGCCCUCCUCGUGCAAGACCCGGGGGGGUGGAGGAGCAAGCUGGCGGCGAGCCCGGCUUGCGCGGUGCUGGUCCGCCCCGACGGGCACGUCGCGUGGCGAGGAGAAUCCGCCGAGGAGGGUGUCGCCAGUGCGCAAGACGCAGCGGACCGGCUUGAGCAGGUGAUGCGUGCCGAGCUACGGAGAUGA